AUGAUUCAUCCAUACGCCCUUCUGCUGGGAGGGCUGCUCACAUCGUCGGCAGUGCUGGGGGGCCACCUACCCGCUGCGGUGCUGCUUGCAUGGAUAUUGCUUCUACGUGACCCUCGGGGGCCAACGCCACCAACAGUUCUGUUGAUAACUGUACUGUUUGCUUUGCUGCAACUCGUCGCCACAUUGGUGAUAAAUCUAGCCGCUAGAUUUUCACAGAAGGCUUGGGAUGCUACAUUUGGAGAGCACCGCGUCAUAGUCGAAUCGAUCGGCAUCUACGAAGUGGGAGACGGUACCAAUGGGUUGAUUGUAGCGGGAGCUUGCGUCCCCUCUGGACUGCUACUUUUGUAUGUCCUCCUCGCCUGGAAGAAACUGACACGCCGUAACCCCAUGAAGCGGAUGCGCCCACUCUUAACAACAAUGGGAUGGGCCCUCACGAGUGUUGCCGCGGCAUUAGUGGCACCUACAGUAUUAGGUGGAGUGCUGCUGGUAAUCGGAAUGAUUGCGUUCUUGUGCGUCACAUGGGUGGGGGAUCGACUGUUCUUCGGGGCAGUUGGGCCUCGCCGUGGCCGGCUGCGGCUCUUCGUCCUGUACCUCACCUCUUUGAGCGGAGUUAUAUUUGGCUGCCUUAUCUUGGUCACCACAUGUGUUUCUCAGAAUGCUUUUGUCGCCCACGCGCUGCGUGACGUGGACACCAUGUACGGUGUGUCUAGACUGUACGAACUGCAAGUGAACAUCGCCGUCCGCCGCUUUAUACAGGUUUGCUUGAUGAUGACCACCCUCUGCCUUGCGCAGAUGGCUAUGGUUUGCCAUUGGGAGUGCUUGCAGUGGAACAGGACAAAUGUUCCCUUCCUCCAGGAGACGGUACCAGGUGCCCUUAGCAACAGUAGUCGUUCCUCUACAGAGGUGGUAUUUAAUGAUGGAAAUGCCGCAUUGGCUGAUGCUCCUAAUAACAAUACGGAUGCCGUUGACAAUGCCGUGCAAAACAGAAGCUCUGGAGCGAGAAGGAUACCGGGAAACAGGAGUGCCGCUUCCGGCGCGAACUCCUGUGAGCAAUUGCCGCCUCCCAUGGGGUUUGCUGGUGCAUCGAUAAUGCGUGGUUUUCUUGCCUGCUCACGCCUGGUGCCACUGAUUUUGAUGGCUACCAACAUGAUUGCCUUUCCCACCGUUGCCUCGCUGUGCAUGCUGCCCACAAUGAUGGCUGGGCAGUUGAUGCACCGGCGUUCCUUUGGGCAUCUGCUCCGCCCCACGUUAGCACUCUCGUUUCUUGUCGUGUCACUGCAGUAUGUCGUAUUUGUCACGGAGGUGGUGCAGCCAGAUAUCAUGCUGCGUCUAUUCUUCAGUGACGCGAACAUUUGGGCACGCUUGGCGCAGUUGAUAUGCGGCGAACUGCUGUUUCUUGCAAUGAUCACAGCCGAUAUUGCGUUUCGCUAUCGGGCGUACUUUGCGCCACCACACCCCGUUUGCACGCACGCACCGCUCAUCCCAUUGCCAGCACAACCACCAUCAACAACAACAACAACAACACCACGAUUGUCGUCAUCCUCACCGCCGCACGAAACUUCCAAUGGAGUGUCGUUGGAAGAGCACAACAACCAGAAUGAGAACGGCAAUGCUGGUAGCAACAACAACAACAACGAAGCUGUAUCGGAGCAUGACGAGAUGCUGGGUUCUGCGAAGCAAGUAUUGGGUGAGGAGCGUGUGGCAGAGCUGCUUGCGUAUGUUCCCCCUGGCCCUCUCGACAGUCAAGGGGCGUUUGAAGAGCUCUUCUACCGCCUCACUGGGCGGUACCCUACCGCAGAGGAAAGUGAAUCUCUCUGUAAGGAUAAGAUUGGUGAUUCCCUCUUACUGGAGAAGAUGCAUGAGUCGAAACAACCGCUACUGCUACACUAUGCCCACUGGGCGAAGAUCUUGUUCAGGCAACAAGCUGUUCUCGUGGUGCUACUGAUGCUCUUCGUCGCAGGCUCCUUUAUCUACUAUAUGGAUAUCAUCCAUGCAAUUGUGUUGGUUCUGUUUGCCGUGUACAUUUUAGUUCCCGGUAUUAUAGACGACAAAUGGGUGAUUGUGGUGUUGGGUCUUAUCCUUUUGGCUUCAUUUGAGCUUGUGUUCACCUUCGCCAGUGAGUUCUUUUCACUGCCCAUAUACGUUGGUGAUGGGCCGCUUGAGUAUGCCACUAUUGGAUUUGUCCCACGGCGUGCACGCUAUGAGAGCAUUCCGUCUGUUGUGGCUGUUUUUGUUGUGGCAUUUCUGUAUCUGAAUGCCCGCCCGUGCAGGUCAUGGGGAGUGGUUGUCUCGCUGCAUGAAUGGGAACGCUUCUGCGGCUCCACCGCCGCCCGUCAAUGGUCAAUGCGCAUCACCAUGACAAUCGCCACCACUGUUUUCGUAGCGUUUGGUGUGUUUUUGCGCGCCUCACUCAUUGUGGAGGGGUUUCUUGGGCUCUUUCUUGUCCUUGCCAUCGCGACGGCAUUCCUCGGCGUGACAAACUCGCUGCUUGGCGCACUGUGGUGCCUCGCGUGUGUCUACAGCGGAAUCGUUGUGUGGGCCACCACCUUGUGCCAGUUCACACAGUUCACCGAAGUGCUGCAGGAGUACGUCUUCGAGCCCCUCUGCGGCGACAGCAGCAGCCAGUGCCGGCGGGAGACAGGACUGUACCGGACGGAUGAAGACAUGCUCCUGACAUUCUUUCUCGCUCCGUGGUUCCUUGCCCUCGCAACGACAAUAUCGCAUCUCGCCACAAAGAGCGUCAGAAAUGUGAAGCCCCGGUGGGUGGAUACCGAUGGGGAAAGAGGGAGCGUGGUGGAGAACAUGAACAGAAGCAGUGGCGCCGACGCAGCACUGCCGUCGCUUGCCAGCAACGACCAACGUUUCCUUCGGCACUUCGUGAAGCUUCUGGCGGUGAUGGACACGCUUUCUGACUGGGCCACUUCGUUCAGCGCUGAUUACGGUGAUGUGGUGGUGUGGGUGGCACUCUUUGUCGCCGCGACGCAUCGCUACACCGCCAUGAGUGCUGUCUACAUACUAUUCUUCUUCCUAGACUUCACGCAUGUCUCUGUAUUAAUUUACUGCGUUCUGCACAUACUCGUUGUGUACACGUACAAGUUUUCAUUUGUGCCAGAGAUCACCUACCAGUUUCGUGGCGUGUCUCUGGCAAAGUUUAUUGGGCUGGAAAAAGAAGCUGACACGUUGGUAUUUGACCAGGUGAUUGGGCCCGUCUUGGUCUUCUUCGCGGUUUUGCUUCGUAUUCAUAAUCGUGGAGCAAACAAAGAGAUACGACGCCGACAACGCACUGAGGGACCAGAGAGCAGCAACUGGAGAAGUGUUCUCUGCACGCAGGUUUUUUUUUACGUCGGGUAUGAGGCUUUUCUCUUGACACUCUUAAUUGUUCUGGCCCUCAGUGGUGAUUCAUGUGUGGGGGUUGUGGUGGCGUUGGCGCUGGUAUUGCUCCUAAUGGGGGGAAGGCAUCGCUUUCACCAUGCUAUGCGUUCCUUNGUGCUGUUGGUGCUGGUCACCAUCUCACUUAUCUGGUUAUACGCACUGGAGUUCAACGUGGUGCAAAACGUGUUCCCGGUUGUCGAGGAGGUUCUCAAAGAGAGCGAUGAUGAGAACAAGUGGGCCCAUUGGGUCUUUGCGACGCAUUGGGACGCUCUCAUUGGCUGUUUUAUAGGGAUUAUGCUGCUGCACACGAACCGACAGCAGGCAGCCGAUACGAAUGUUUCCUUCGCGGUCAUACGCGCAGAAUUCGGCGGGCACUCAACGCUGGUUGACUACAUCCGGGCAGCACGCGUCAAAUCGCUGCGACGGCUGUCACAGGAGGAAUUCGAGCGAGCCGUUCCACAGUUUAACGAGACGUUGCCGCGGAGCGUCCUUGGACGUAUCACCACCUUUAUGAUCUUUGUGGUGACGUACACGUACCCUGUUCCCCUAUUUUCCUUUGCUGCCGGUGUAUCCUCGCAGCCUUCCCUCAUCAAUCUUGUUCUGUUGGUUGCUGCCGUGUUGCAGGUGGCGCUGUUUGAGGAGUUGCACUGGCGCUUCUUCCACCUGUGGCUACCCAUCGCAGGGAUGUACACCGCCCUUGUAUGUCUGCCGUCCAUCUGCAACACCCCGUACGUGCGGCAGUUCCUUAGGGACCAACGGACUCUCAGCGGGGUGAUCGGCGUCGCGCAGGCGGGGCACAUUUUCGAGUUGGGUCCGCUACAUGUGUUACUGCUCUUCUUUGUGGCGCUGCAGACGCGCAUCUUCAGCGACUUCCGCUACGUGAAGAUGGUGCGGCGCCUGUACCGCCACACUGCCAGACUGCAGGUGAAGCACGAUGAGCUGUGGGCCUGGAUCCGGGCGAAGGAGGAGUCAGAGGAGCAGUUGGCGGUGGCGCGGAGCCGUGCCCUUCACGCAAAGCUGGAUGAGAUUCGCUGCAUCAAAAACUGCGCCGAAGGCACGUGGGACCCAGAAGAGAUCUUAAUAGACACCACUCCCAGUGCUGUUGUUUCGGCUCCGGCUUCGGCUUCUGACUUUGGGCACCCCACCCACAUCAAGCGACGCGCGGACACGGCAGGCUUGGGAGCCUCAGGACAACAUAAGCAAUACCAGGAGAUGGCUAAUGACAGCGGCGGGGAAACCUGCACUCCGCCAAGCAGCGUUCCCACGCGUACGCAGCGUUUCAUGACCCUUGUGCGGCGUGCCUCGCUGAGUGUGUGGUCUUCCAUCAUAAAGUACGCAACAAAGAUGGCCGACUGGCUCGCAGCCCACACGUAUAAGCCGGAUAACAACACCGCCGCACACUAUAGGAACCUUGGCACACGUCUCAUUGGGGUGACUAUUCGAGCUGUGGAGCGGCACACGUCUCUUCUGGCACUCUUGGUAACAAUGAUCAACUUUAUGCUUACGCGUUGCGCGUGGGAUAUGGUGCCGUUCUGCUUCAUCCUUGUGGUUGCAAACACAUGUGGACCCUUCGCCCCGCGUUAUAUGUUUGCCAUAACCUCAUACUACGUGGCUUUGGGCAUAUUGUUAAAAGCAGUUCUUGGCAUUAUUGUAUCUCAGGUUGCAUACUCACCUCGUUUGUUUGAUUUUGUGUCAUGGACUUUCCUCGAUGUGAAGGCGGAUGUGUACUGGAAGCACAGCAUCGGGUAUUCGUAUGUCAUGACGGACUUCAUUGUGUUUGCGGUACUCUACAUGCAUCAGGAAAUUUCUCUGUACAACGGCGUGUACAGUCCGAAGGAUAUUCUGGAAAGCCGAGGGAUGCUUCAGCCCCCCACACCCACACCCACACAACCCGUCGUAGAUGAUGCCACUGUAGGUGUUGCUGUGGAUGUUGUUUCUCAUCCUCGCGUUUCCAGUUCACCCACUUCCAAUCCUUUGGAAGGUACUGAUGAUAUUGUUGAUUCUGAAGCAACAGCGGCAGGAGAGGAAGGUCAGCAGAUGGUAGCGCGUGGCGCAGGUGAUUCAUCUAGUCCCCCUUUAAACAUCCCGAGUCACUUCUCAACGAUGCGUCGGAAGACCCACAAGGCUGUAGUUCUGUUCGUGCGCAACGCCAUUAGGACCCCUGGUGUCGGUCGUGACUGGUAUAUAUACUACUUGACGGUUGAUGCCAUCGCUUUGGUGACAUUUGUGGUUGGAUACAACAAGAUGUCCGGAGGGACGGAGGCCAACAUUCAACAGAGCUUGGAGCGGAACCUGUUACCCGGUCCGUUGGUGAUGGUGGUGCUCUUCUCCAUUCUCCUUAUGAUCGCCGACAGAAUGCUGUAUGUUGCACGGCACAUGCCAGGGAAGCUUGUGCUGAACACCCUGUGUGGUAUUGCGUACAGUGUGUGCUUUCUCGUGUGGGGCAAUCUCGUGGUGGUGGAGUCUCGUGCGGUGGGGAACCUGUACUUUGUUCUCAAAAUUCUCGCGCUGACUAUUUCGGUGCUACAGGUACGCGUUGGUUUCCCGCGGCACCGCCGGCAUGACCCCUUCACGUGCACCCGCGGCCGCUCCACCGUUGCACAGCUUGGUUACCAGCUGUACCGCGCUGUGCCGUUCCUCUGGGAGGUGCGCGUCGUGACAGACUGGACGGUGGAGCGCACGGCUCUGAGUCUCAGCAGCUACCUGAAGAUUGAGGACCUCUACGACAUCGUUUUCGGCCGUCAGUCGGACAUCGGCGACACAAGGAAACCGAGGCCGGUGGUGGGGUCCGCGGUUGGCUGGACUUCGAAGCUGAGCGACGGGGUUGCAUGCCUCGCCGUCUUCGUGGUCGUGCUGGUCGCACCGCUGCUCUACUAUUCCACCUUCAACCCAUCGAUGCAGAUCAAUAAUGUCACAGAGUUGCGCGUUGGUCUCUCCAUAAUGUCAUCGCAGCGAUACUACACGUCGACCGUGUUUAAGGCCUCGACGUACCCCGCCGACUGGGCACUGUGGUUGGCACGCACCCGCCCUUCACUCGCUCAGGAGGGAUUAUUGGACCCCAAUAAGGCGCUGCAGUUGCUGGAAUUGAGUUCAUGCAGCAAUGACCUCUGGCCAAUCAGCCCGCAAGCUUUCCGGCAACUGCAGGAUCAGCUCCAAGAAGUUGCGGAAAACAAAACAAAAAUGUACAUGUAUCAGUCGUUGGAGUUCUCGCACUUCGAUUCGGCGGAUUCUGUUACACGUACAAGUAAGUGGAACAUUCCGUGGCAGACUGCUGAUGGAAUUUUACAAAUGAUGAACGCGGAGACUGUGAACGAGACGGAGUUUGUGCUUCUGCAGAACUUUUACACCCCUUUCCUAUUCAGCCGAGAGCAAACCGUUGAUGAGUAUGAUUUUUCGAAGGGGUUGAAUGGAAUGGACUGCAGCCUCCAGCUACGACGAGAGGUUGACCCUGUGUUGAAUAACUCCGUCCGCUACUGGUGUCUCAAGUGUCAGUCACUCUUUACAGGUGGAAACAUCCCUGGCGAGGAUGUGGCACUGUUCCCAGAGUGGGAUUGCCUCUCAAAGGGGGAGGGGUGCAGCAAUUUUGACUUUGAACGACACAACGGGGACACGAACUACAACCCAGUCACCAUGUACUAUGUGGUGCUUUCUGAUCCUUCCGCCAGUGGGGUCUCCUUUCUGCAAGGGAUCGGGAUCGUUGCGCUUUACACAACAUUUGUCCUUGCCGUGGGCCAUUUUUUCCGCGGGAUUUUUGCGGAGAAGGCGAAGCACAUCAUUCUCACCGACAUGGCUGAUCCCACACCGGUUGCACAGUUGAUUGAAUACAUCGGCAUCGCGCGGGAGUGCGGCGACUUGCGGCUUGAACAAUCCGUGUACUUUGAGCUCGUUGAUUUGCUGCGAUCACCCGAGCGGCUACUGCGCCUGACGGGAUAUAGCCGGAAAAUGUACGCCACAGACACCACGCCGCCGCCACCACCACCACCACCACCACCAUCGCAGCAACAACAGCAGCAGCAGCAGGAGAAAGAACAGGGGCACCCAGCAGGGUCUCGUCUUGGCGAAGACGAGGGCGCUUCUUCGCAACGUAAUGACGCGCCACAAGGGCCGCCCACUGACCACCCGAAGGGUGAAUAA